CAAGCCGCGUGCUCAUCGGGACGCUGCUUUCUUCAACCUCGGAGCUUAGAAGAAGUACGCAGUCGCACCCUACCGUGCAAUGUCGUUGUCGUUGUCUUCUCCUUACACGGUUGCCUACGAAUAGGCGGAUGAGACGUAGUCGCUUUCUGGCAGCUCCUUUCGUCAUCUCUGUCUGCACCGCUUGGGUGAUUGUUCCCGGCCGGGCGUUCAAGCGUUGUUGGAAACAACUUGCACUGGACUGACAGCGCGUCGCUUUGCAACUACAAAAACUUCAUCAGCGGCGACGAUGGCCUGAAGGGGGAUCCUCACAGAUAACUUCAGCCGGGUACCAAAGUCUGCGUGAGAGCAGCUGUACAACUAUCCACUCAACACGAUCUGGCAUUUACCUCAUCCUCAUUCUCAAUAACUGCCACCGGUCACCAUGCCGAGCACGAGCCAGAUACCAUUGCUGUCGGUGCUGCAACCUCCCCACGAGGACGUGCACAACACUCACCAUCAUCCGGCCAGGGACCAGUACCGCGUCGUUGUUCUCGGUGCAGCACGGGUGGGCAAGACGGCCAUCGUACGGCAGUUCCUGUACGACGAGUUUCCAGUCGACUACGUCCCUACAGUGGAAGAGUUCCACACUGGUGAGUACGAGAUCAACGGUGCCUCCCUCACCCUUGACAUUGUGGACACGAGUGGCAGCUACCCAUUUCCUGCCAUGAGGCGUCUGGCCAUUACCACUGCCGACGCAAUCGUGCUCGUCUACGCUAUUGAUGACCAGGAUUCAUUCGAAGAGGCUCGUCGAAUCCACGAACAGAUCGUAGAGCUCCAAUCGGCCAAAGCUCCCGUAGUCGUGGUGGGCAACAAGUGCGACGUGCCCACCGACAUGCGCCGCGUGCGACGAGAGGUAGCAGAGACCAUCAUCUCCAUUGACUGGGAGAACGGCUUCGUAGAGUCUUCGGCCAAAGACAACGUUAACGUGUUUGCCAUUUUCAAAGAACUCCUAGUACAGGCCAAGAUUCCGUAUGACCUGAGUCCCACCGCCGUUAACAAGAGACGUCGCUCGUUGCCCGUCUAUCCUACAAGUCCGAGCAUCAAGGACAAGACGCUUCUCAAGAGGAACAGCUGUGCGGUUUCGUAGGUGCAUGUGACGUGUCGCUAGUGUCUCGUUAUCUUUAACUUGUAUUUGCGACACAUGCUCGUCAACACUGCCAAUUAUUGAUUGUUUGUUUCUACCGGAGCUCGUGGAAACUGAACAUCUAAGGUCACGACGAAACAAAGAGUGAAGUUUGACAUCAUGAAGAUAAACACGUUUACAAGGGAUAACAGACAAAGAACUACUGUGCACGUUCAUAAUAGUGAAGCUGCCUAACGUCGUAAUAAUAAAAUCUUGAACGGAGAUGACAAUCGGUCUCACGAAAGGUAGAAACCUCUGCCAUUCCUUGUAAUAUUACGCACUAUAUGAAUAAAAAUCAAUGCUUGCCAUGAGUGCGUAAAAUAGA